CUGGUGUCGUCAGACGGGCAGUUACAUCAGCUCGCACUAUUUAACUGGUGGUCGGGCGGCCUGCCCCUAUCACUUCUCACGAAUACGGAAAAUAUCAUACGCUGCAACGCACCCACGUGGAGGUACACAGAGAUCGAGUUCCGCAUCCGCACACACACCAGCGGGUAUUAUGAUCAGUCCAUUAGCAACGGACGAUGACACGUCAGCGGCGCUGGCAGUCGUCAAAGCAACCGUUGAACAGAAGGCGGAACUGCUGUCUCUGGCUGGAGACGCCCUUUGCCUCACCGUCACGGCGCUGCGACUCAGUGACCCGACGCCUCGCGUUCCACUGCAAAAGGAGGCAGGCAGUAACCCGCCCACCAUCUCGUUGGACCAAGUAUCAUGGCACGACCACUGCUCGGACUGCUGGGUCGUCAUCUACGACCGGGUCUACGAAAUUACAGACUUCCUCCUAGAGCACCCAGGAGGCGAGGAAAUUUUGUUGGAGUAUGCAGGGCGCGACGCCACCCUUGCUUUCCGCGGUAUUGGCCACGGGGUGGCACAGUUGCAGGCCCUGGAGCGUUACUUUCUGGGCGUAUUACCCGAGUCAGAACGCAUCUACAGCUGCCCGGGCGGGAAGCUAUCGGGCUUCAGGCUCUCCUAGCACCAGUGGGACACAUACGCCAUUGUGGGCCUACAACCGUGUGGUAUAGACUGCACUGCCACGUAAACCGCAAAAACACUUGAACUCCGGAAGCGAAAGAAACAGUGGUGGCAAUUGCUUCUUGGCGAUAUUUAUCCUUCAAAUCAUGAUAAAAUGUAUUUUAACUGGCUCCUGUCUAUACGGAAACACGCCACAUAUGCGUCACAGAUAUCACGUGGUUUUUAUUUAGGAAUAUAAUCACUGUUAUCCCGUGAAUAAAAUAAAGCCCAUUCCGAGGACAGAUUGAAAAUAUGGGUUCAUUAACGUCAAAACAGGUGGUAUACGUCUAUGUAAAUUGUGAUUUUUUGCCAUUUAUUUCACGUAAUUUCAUUUUUAUACUCAACAAACAAAGUCAUUGAUUCAUAUAAAAAAUCGUCAUAUUAUCAGUUGGCUUCAUAGAUUGAGCGAACUGAAAAUUAAUAAUAUUUUGCAGCUACUGUAAAUUUCCAUGAUGAUCAAAAUAUUUUCCAGUUUGUACAAACUUAAUAGAACACAGUGAUAACGAAGCUUCGAAUUUUUAAGACUAAUUAAUUCAAAUAGAAGCCAUUGACGCCCAGCGUGGAUGGGAUAAGAGACACAAGGAAAUAAUAGGAAGAUUUAGUGUUGCGAAAUACUGGCUCAUAAAAGAUAAUUUUAUUUUCGCUCAGACGUAUUUUAAUUGUUUACUAGCACCGCAUUACUCAAUGAAAUUACAUAGCGCCGAUGAUAUUUGUGAUGCUGAGUGAAACAGUGAAGAUAUGUGUAAAUAUUCAGCAACAAUAUCUUGUUCGUUAAGUGUAAUCGGGCCUUGAAAAUGUCGCAAUAAACUGGCCGAAUGAUAUAAAAACACACGAUAAGAGAAAAUGGUGAAGCGGUACAUAUUUAUUAAAUAAAUUAUCAAAUGUAAAGUUCAUUUUAAAGAUCUGAUCACAGUAUUAUAAAUUAUGUUCUAAUUUAAUAUUGGCUGAUUAUAUAUAAUUAAUAGUUUUAAGCACAUCAGAUAAUAUCGAUGUUAAUGGUAAAUAGUGUACGUCACAAAUAUUGUAAAAGUACAGAAUAUUCCAUUCGAAAUGCAACCACAAGUACAGCAGCGUAUCUAAGCUUUAGUGAUAUGAAUGUAAAAAGGAAAACGGGUUGCUUUUAAGUUUUACUUGUAAGGAAGAACUCGCAAAACGAGUCUAGAAAGCUGAUAACGUCCACACAAAUUCGAAGACAAGCAUCCACCCUUUUGAAUGCAUUUCUUGCGACUUAGCUAAAUGUUUCUUGGUCAGUUUGGGCAACGGUAUGUUCAGUAUUCUUUUUCAUUUCCUCAGUCAUACCUGGUUAUUAGAGAAAAUUCUGUUUGAGAAAUCCCCACAACAAGGAGUCUGGCGGGAUACGGUCCGGAGAUCGCGGUGGUCAAAGAUCACGGCUAACAGUGCGCUCACCAAAUAAUUCUUGCAGUACAACAGUUUUGUUCUUAGUGUGGGCAGUCGCUGUCAUGUUGAAAUUAACAAUCACUUUAAUUUUCUUCCAACAGAGAAAUGAAUUGAGUCAGAAGAAUUUAUACCAUUCUGCUUUGUCUCCUCAUAAAACAACAGUCCCAUAAUUCUCCUUCGAAACACUGCGUACCACGUGCCAGUCUUCGACGAAUGCAGAAGAAAUUAUUCACGGCAGUAAGUGGUUUUGAUGUCAAGUAAUGUUCGAGAAUGAACACACGUUCUGCUUCUAAAUAUACCAUCAUCGCACUUGCACAGUUCUUGAGCAACUGGCGUGAGCAGUGGCCUAGCAACAUGGAUGACCUUGACUCCAGUGUCACGGGUGAGGAUGGGAGAGUCUAUUACAGGGGGGGGGACUUUUGUUUACAUCGUAGUACGUGAUUGUUGUUGGGUUGCGUUUCAAAUGGAACAUUCUGUACUUCUCGUGUGCGAUUCAGAAUAAACUCAAACUCGCGGAACCGCAAGUACUUUGUUGCAUCCAUAUAAGUUACGUACUUAAUAUUUAACAAUUCAGAAUUUGUAAAAUAUACAACAGUAUUGUAUAUGUGUUAAACCCUGUGUCAUUUUAUUUAAUGCCUACGUGUAUUUAUAGAUCGAAUUUAUAAGCUGUUUAACCCGUAGUAUAUCUCAAAAAUAUACAUGGUCUGUAUGUCAAUACAUAAAAGUUGUAUUAUUCAUGACAAAGUA